GAGGGUGGGCCUAGUGACGUAGGGCUGAGGCUCUGGGCUGUUUAUUGUUCCUUCUUCAGCGCCGAUACAGAAAAACAGGCUAACACGCUUUUCCACGCGGUUUACGGUCGGGUUUACGAAGGUGUGAUAGUCUGGACAGCUGACUGCGCAAGUCGAGGGCCAUGGCAUACGCUUAUCUCUUCAAAUACAUCAUCAUCGGAGACACAGGUGUUGGAAAGUCAUGUCUAUUACUACAGUUCACAGACAAGCGGUUUCAGCCUGUUCACGACCUUACCAUUGGGGUAGAGUUUGGAGCAAGGAUGAUCACUAUAGAUGGCAAACAAAUCAAACUGCAGAUCUGGGAUACGGCUGGUCAAGAGUCAUUCCGGUCCAUCACCAGAUCUUACUACAGAGGAGCAGCAGGAGCACUACUCGUCUACGACAUCACAAGGAGGGACACCUUUAACCACUUGACGACUUGGUUAGAGGACGCUCGCCAACAUUCCAACUCCAAUAUGGUCAUCAUGCUCAUUGGCAACAAGAGUGACCUGGAGUCACGGAGAGAGGUAAAGAAAGAGGAAGGGGAAGCAUUUGCCAGAGAACAUGGCCUCAUAUUUAUGGAGACCUCAGCCAAGACUGCCUCGAAUGUAGAGGAGGCUUUCAUCAACACAGCCAAGGAGAUUUAUGAGAAGAUCCAAGAGGGUGUUUUUGAUAUCAAUAAUGAGGCUAACGGUAUUAAGAUUGGACCUCAGCACCCUACCACUAACUCGACACUGCCCGGUAGCCAGGGAGGCCAACAGGCCGGAGGCGGCUGCUGCUGAAGGCCUCAAAAAAAACCUCUUCAUCCUCCCCCUUUAAUCCUGGAGCCCUCUACAACCAACCCCUUGCGUUUCUGCAGAACUGUGCAGGCUCAGUAACAGUUUGUUACCCUGUCUCUCUCCAUCCUCUCAUCCAUUCAUCCAUCCAUCCCCUGUGUGUUCCUUCCUUGCUUUCUUUGUCUCAGACCAUUUUUUGCUAAAUUAAAUAGUACUCAACCCUUACACGAAUGGUGUCAACUCUGCCUCACUAAAUUCUGAAGGCAUUGGUUUUUAACUGUAUUCGUUUUAAUAUUGACACCAAGCAGAUGACAAGCUCAAUUGGUGAUGGUGGUAGAAAUGAAUGUGUCCAGUCAUUGACAGGUCUUUGGGUAGAGAAAAGGAAAACACAACCUGAAACUGGCUGACUGUAUGGAAUAAUAAACCAAGUGUUGCCUAUACGUACACAUGCAUAUACACACAUCUCUACAUGUUGUUUAAGGAAAACGAUGCAGCACAUUGGUAGCAAGGCAUGUUUGUACAUGUAGUGCCUGCGUGUAUAGGGAUGAUAUAGGCAUUCCAAUGAAGUCAGUCUUUUUAGUCACUACCCUCCGCUCAUAAAACAGCCCCCCUCCUUCUCUUUGUCUCGAUGUCAACUUGCAGGUGAAAUGUAUUUAAUGAACACUAAACAAUUGUGUAGCUGUUUUAAACUUUCAUGGGGAGAGAAUAAAAAUCCAAACUGUCGAGUGUGAGAAUAAAUCCUUUUGGAACGGUCGAACCAUUAAGAAAGUUAAAGAAAUGUCAAGGGGAUGUAGAGAGAAGUGGCUGUCAUAAUGAAGUUAUGAAAUUAAAAGAAAAAAAAAAGGAAAUUAUUGGAAUUGUUUUGUUAACUGUAUUUAUCAGGCGCUAUUCUGUGUAUAUAUGGCUCUUUAGAUUUCUGUAGCUUCUUUGGCUGUUAAAAAAGUGAAUCUUGGCAAGUUGCAGUCUUCACCGGGCCUUUAUAAGAAUAAUUUAAAAAAAAAAAAAACAGAAAAUUACCUUUCUGGACCUUCAAGCAGCUUCAUUCAAACCCAAACACUCACCAACCUUGUUGAAAGGGGUCGCUAGAGCCCGUUUAAAUGACAAAUGUGAACGAACAGGCUGUUAACAAGAUCACGCAGAGUCCCUGGUGGAGUAUCGACUAAAGUGUCAAGGCAUCUCCUUUUUAAGCAAGCUAUGACUACCAUCACAAAAGAGUUUGCAGAUAUAUAAUGUGUUGUUUAGAGCUUGAUCAACGACUGCUGCAAUGUUUCCUUGCUUUGAAAUGUAAUGGGCAUCAUUUUACUGUUUUGAUCGUUUACCCCUCUUGUUUAUAUUUCCCCAUGCAUCCCUACUGCUCCUUGCUAUUUCUCUGACUGUGGUCACAUAAGUUGUGUGUUUUUAUUGCCAAAACAGCAUGUUUACCUUUGUUUCAUUCAAUAAAGUCGGGGGCGAAAAUCACUCCAUUAUGAUGAGACAUCAGGAUCAGCUGUCUGCCUUAACGCCACCCCUAUUGAGAGAUUUGGACAGUUGCUAAAACAAACUAGCUGCAAACGUGCUUUACCAUAAACAUGUUGGAUUCGCAUUAGAUCCACAUUGCGGAGAGUGUUGGGAUAAUUGAUUUAAACUCUUAUCAAUUAUUUCCUACACACCUAUUCCGUGUGCACACAUACAUGACCUGCGUACAAUAUAUAUAAUGCAUACAUAUAUUCUGUCAAAGUAAUGGUUUAACUCCUGUAUAGAUGUCGGGGGAACCCUGUUGUUGUUGUUUCUUUUUUUGGUUGUCAUUUUAGAUAUACAGUAUAACAGAUAAUAAUAAAGUCAGUUGAGGAUUAUCUUUUGUAAAGCAACAUGUAGUGCGUUUGUGUGAACAAACAGACCAACAGUUGUUACAGGGGGAGGAUCAAGCCAAACCUGAUGCAUCUAUUUACCUAUCUAUGGAUUGAUAUAUCUUAUCUAUGUCCUCCUUCCAAUAACUUUUCAAUCUUAUCUUCCUGCUUCCCCUAUUCCCCCCCCCAAACGUUAUUUGUUGUGUUUGUUCUUUGGAAGAAAAUGAAAUUUAAAAAAAAAAAGAAGAAAAAAAAAGAAUGCUAUUACAAUAAACUAUAAUAAAACAUUCUCAAGUCAACAUGUCACUUUACUUAUGUGAAAGUGGGGGUAAAAUAUACUGUUUGGGUCGCAGGGUGCUCUUUACUGUAGCUGUUCUAAUGGCAGUAGCAUCACUGAAAAUUAGAUUGUUUGCUUUUUGGCAGGUGAGUGAACCACAACUUCAACUUUGAAUACAUCCUGACAACUGCAUAAUUAGAUUAAAAAUUAGGUUAAAAAAAAAAAAAAAAGUUUCCAAAAAUACAUGCUUAACUUUUUUUUUUUUUUUUUUUUUAACUCUUUCAAGGGCAUCCAUUGAACUCAUUGGCUGCCAUUGACGGUGCUAGGCGUCCAAUACAUUUGGAGUGGAGAGGCUGGCAGCCACUGAAACAUGAACAUUCGCACACAGCCAGUCUUCUCUGCAUAAAUGAAUUAAAACUCUAUGGCAGGAAAUUAGUAUUAAAUAUUCUUGUCUUUAAAAAAAAUGCAUAAAUUAAAAACUUUUUUCAAUUUAUCAUAUUUAAAAAAUAGAGAUAAAUCUGCAAUUACAAUUGAUGUAAAAUGUUUUCUUUUUAUUUAAAACGGCAUUAUAAAAAACUUAUGUUCAUAACUGCAUUUAUUCAUUGUCAACUUUAGAGUGUUACUGUCGGCCAUAAUUUGUAUUUCUGUUUGUAUUCAUUGUAAUUUUGUAUUUAACUUUUACUUUGUCAAAAAUUAUAUUAAAAGUGAUUAAUAAUUAUAUCAACUGUACAUUAAAUUGACGCCAGAUCCUAGUAAAGCUUUUUCUUAAUUACCCAAAUACUCACUUGCCCCAUAUAAUGUUAAUUAAAGUGUUUGUAAUUCAUUGUUAUUUUACAUUCAACCAGUGCAGGUCUACCAACAACUCAUUCACUCACUGCCAGCCCAGGUAACUGAGUACAGUGUGUGUUGAAGCUGUUAGUAAAAGGAGGAAUUUUACAUUUAAAACACCCAUUGACGGCAAUAGAUGUCCAAUCCAUCCGGACUGGGCCACCAGUCUAAAUGGAUUGGAUCAAGGGCGUAGGAUUGCAUAGGGACGGUAGGGACAUAACACUAGCAACUUUUCAGGAUGCUGAAAUUGUCCCCACCAACUUUUAAGCAACCUUAUUUGCAUUAUAUAAUGACUUCAGGUAUAUAGGUAAUUUAGAUUGUCUUCCCAUAUGUUGUAAGGAUAGAAUUGACGCUACUAUUAUUAAAUGAAUUACAGUACUUUCAUUAUGUUAGACUAACAUUGACCCUUUUUCACUUGCUGAAUGUUUUCCCCUCAAACACAUUUUUGAUUGACUGAUGACUUUAGACCCCCACACAAACACACACACGCAUUCACAGCCCUGACAGAAAUACAACAUGCCGCCUUCUCCUUCCCCUUCGGGGACGACGGAUAUGACAAGGUUUUUUUCUCCCGCCAGCAGCAGCCACUGUAAGUAAUGUAAAAAUAUGUCAAUGUUGUGGAGGUGGGGAACACACCACUAAUUUUGCUACUGAAAGUCCGACCUGCAUCAGAGUUUGCAUAAUAUUAAUCUAAUCAGUGGUCUCCAAACUAUUCCACAUAGGGCCGCAGUGGGUGCAGGAUUUCUGGUGUUUUAUAAGUGUAAUCAGUUGAUCGCAGUCAGGUGCUGCUUGUUUUACUACAAACCACAAUGGUUAAUAGGUCUGUGCUUGAUCGGUAUGAACAAAAACCAGGACCCACAGCGGCCCUCGAGAACCAGUUUGGAGACCCCUGAUCUAUGAAUUUCUCGAUCGCUAGGAGGAAGCUGCUUUUUAGAGAAAUAUCCUCCUGUAUGUUUUCUACUGUUAAUUAAACUAUAAUACAAUGUAGUGAACCAAGGUUUACACACUUUUCCAAAGUUUUCAUUUUUAUUUUAUUUAUGUGAUCUUAAAGCAGCCCAAUGGAGCUUUCAUUUUGUGUUGAGUUUGGCAGCUGUGCUUGUGGACAAAAGAAGUAGUGUUUUAUUUGAAGGAAGGCUCCAAUUUUAUUUAUUUUUUUGUUAGGGUUUGUCCCUACCAAUAUUGAGACCAAACCUACGUCCUUGGAUUGGACGCUCACUGACGUCAACAGCAGCCGAAUUUAAAAGACAACAUUUAGAGCAUAUACAACUCACGCAGUUCCACUUGUUUAAAGAUUGCAACGUGGUUCAACAUUGUUUUUUAGGAAAAUAUCAUGAAAUGACGCGUACGUAUUUUGUUUCCCACCACCGAGUGUCAGAGCGUCAUACGGGCACGACGGGGUCAGUGACCGCGCACGCCGCCUGUUUAUCUGUAUGAGAGGUCCUCGGGAGCGCGCACCCCCUGGCCGAGGAAGGUGAGCGAGUGUCUGGAGGGGAGGACUCGGGAACGCGACCGACCAGCCGAGGGAUCGAUCGGAUUAAACUCGAUUUGAGUGAAUUUAACACAAAGGAGAGACGCGCGACGCGCACUCGUCGGCGAGGUCGCAGACGCGAGACCCACCGGAGAUAUAUUUCGUGAUAAACAUUCAAAUUCAACUUUUAUUUUCCUUCUGUUCAUUGAGAGCGAGGAAAGACCACGGUGAUUUUUUUCUCCCCCCACAAGCAAACGGAGAUACUAACACCACUAACGAGGAGUAGAUUUGAUUUUUUUUUUUUUUUUGUUAAAGAAGCCUGAAGUGACCGAGCUUGCUGGUGACUUCAGAUGCUAAGUAACUACCUGCCGGUGAUGUAACCCUGCCUCAACCUUCGGUGAAAAGUUCAACAGUAUGACAGCGUACAGUGGCACCUCUACAAUGAAUUUGAUACAUUCCAGGACCUGUUUUGUAAGUCGAAAUGCUCGUAUGUCAAGCAGGAUUUUACCAUAAGAAUACAUUAUAAGUCGAUUAAUUUGUUCCACAGCUAAAUCCUUCAUAAAUACUGCAAGUCACUUACAAAUAGCAAUUACACAUAGCAAAACAAAAUACGAAUCGGAAUAAAAAUAAAACGGAAAUUAAAAAAAAGUUUUUAUUGCCACCUUUAGUGGUACUUAUAUAAUUUUUUCUGCGGAACUAUACUGUAGUUAUGGUUAUGAUGUUCCAUGAGGGGAACGUUUUUGGUUAAGGAAAAAGCCGGCGGUUGUUAGUUUUUACCUGUGUCCAUGCUAGUUGACUUGUGUGUAACGUUGCUGCUGGAAUUUCAAUUAAUAAAAUAAUGUCACCACCUCAGGGUCCGUUUACAUGGUGACGCUCCGAUAAUAUGACAAAUUUCAUGUUUGCAUAUAUAUGUUUCCACCUACAUUUGAAUGAUGUCACAAUUCCGUGUGAAAACGAUGUAGUUUUCAUACCAGGCCCUAGGGGGCAGUGUAGAUUUACAACGUGAAAGCCAAUGACGCACUUCCUUGACGCCAACAACCUCCUCAGCCUGGAAGACAAUAUACUCGCCCACUCCAAGCAAUGGCAUUUUUCCUUUUUCAAUUUUACGUUGGAUGUCAAAAGGACCGUAUGUUGAUGUGUUCGUAAGUCAAGGUACCACUGUAUUAAGGCCAAACAAAUUAAGAAAAAAUAGGACUACGAGAAUAGUCAUAUUACAAGAUUAGUCAUAUUACGAGAAUAAAGUCAGACAUUGUAAUAUUACGAGAUUAAAGUUGUAAUAUUCAUGAGGUUAAAGUUGUAGGGUGAUUUAUCGUUCCGUAAAUAUUGCAAUAAAAUAGUUGUUAUGUAAUAUUAGGAGUAAAAAGUUGUAACUUUGCGAGAUUAAAGUCGUAUUAUUUUUACGUUAUGUGACCUGGAGUUUAGUUUCGCGGGCUCUGACCUUUGGCAACAUAAGGUCUGUGUGAACACAAAACGUCUUUUGGCGAUGGGCAUAACGUGAGCAAGGUGUUAUCGCGCGAUGGUUUAACUUAGGUGUGAAUGCAGCCUUAAACCCGCGGGUCCCGGACUAAACAUGAAUUUAAGAUACUCUGACAGGCAGGAACACAACAGGGGAAUAAAUUUUUCCCUUACUUAACGAUAUGUUAUAAACAUAGGCAUUUUAGCAAUUUAACUCAUUGGCUGUAAUUGAUAGCGCUACACGUCCAAUUAAGCCUGGGCGAUGUGACAAAAAUUGUUAUCACGAUAAAAAUGUUCUUAUCAAUUCAUCAAUAAUUAUCAUGAUUUUUUCUUUCAAACAUGAAGUUUGAUUUCUGCCACUGAGUGCAAGUUGACAAAAUCCAAUGCUGAUUUAACCAAUCUUUAAUGUCAGAACAAAGAUUCAUGCACGGUGACAAACUACUACACAGCAUUUCACAAAUAUGAGUAACAUUGCACAAAAUUAAAAGUUAACAAAAUGCAGACCAUUGCACAUGGAGUAAUCAAAAUGAAGAAUAUUGCACACAAUCUGAGGUAGACAUGCAAUCCCCCCCAAAAUUAAAUAACCAUGAAGAGACAAACUAAUUUUAAUUUGCACUCAGCAACAUGUUAAAACCUUUUGUUCAUAAAGUCUUAAGUGUCUGACAAUGUCAACAAUGUCCAUUUUCAGAAAUGUGACAGAUAAGCAAAUAAGACAGCCAUUGGUUUAAAAGUUGCAGGGCAGAAAAAUAAGUCUGUCCUUAGUAUCAGGCUUUAAUGCUGCUCUAUGACGGGGAAUGUUCCCUCCUGUACUGAAAGCCCUCUCAAAUAUAGCCGUCACGUCGAAACGUCGCCCCCCUUCCCUGGUGUUCAGGUGGUGUAAUUACAGUUUAAAUCAACUUUUAUUAGACUUUUUUUUUUUUUUUCUGUUGACAAAAAUUAUAUGACGAUAAUUAUUGUUUUAUCGCCCAGGGUUACGUCCAAUCCAUUUUGACUGGAAGGGUUGGUAGUGAUCAUUUGCUGCCAGCUUUUACUGUCAAAAUGGAUUGGCUGUCUAGCACUAUCAAUGGCACUGAAACUUGAGCUUUCACUGCUAGUCUUUCCAGCUCAAACAAAUUGGACGUCUAUCACCAUCAAUGGCAGGCAAAGAGUUAAGAGUGGAAUGCACACACUCAUGUUCUAAUAAAUUGAAAAUUAAAGCAACAUCAGAAUUAGUCGAUGGAUUCAAACCACCACCAGAAUGAGGCCAACCAAAUCAACUAAUGAGAGGCUAGCAGGGGCGACUGAUAGCCUGCUUGCAACCCCAGAUGGAAAAUAAAUGUACUUCUGGCUUGUUCUACCAAUAAGUCAAUAGUGGAUUUAAUGAAUGUAUCUGCAGAUCCUGCAAAAUGCAUUUGAGAAGCUGCCAUCCUUUUGCGGGCUGUGUAGCCUACGAAAUAGAGAUGAAGAGUGCCACCUUCGUCCCCCAGGCUGUUGGGCUCAUGAACUCUAUACUGAACUCUGCUGCUCCCCCCAACCAACAAACAGACACACUCUAUUUUGAACUAUUCUUCUUAAUACCGUGCCACACUUGUCUCCUUUAAAUGCCCCUCAUCGAAGUUUCGGAAUCAUGCCAUCAAAAAAACAAUGUUUAAGGCUUAUUUUGUUAUUUAUGGUUGGAGUGGAACAAUGACUUAUCUCUUUCUUUGCUCAAAUAGGAUUUGGGUAUGCUUCUCUGCAAUGUGAUAGUCUUAGAUUUUAGUCAGGACUUUCCAAAUAUUUACUAAAACCACUAUAUGUAGAUGAUCUGGUCAAUGUAGUAGGUAUAGACCCUACUCACGUGACGUCACAGCCACGCCCCCGCGCCAUGUUGUCCGGCUACUCGUCAUGUUAAUGCAUUAGCGCUUCGUAAAUUCCUCCUAUUAUGGCGUGUUUUUCUGCUCGUUAACAUUAAUAAUCAAAAUGGUGAAGUCGUGCGUGGCGGUCGGUUGCAAAAACAGAAGAUAGACGGAGAGACUUGAAUUUUUACCGUAUUCCGAGAGACCCGAAGAGGAGACAGAGAUUGACUGCUGCAAUUCGACGAGAAAACUGGGCUCCAAACGACUACCACAGAUUAUGUAGUAGUCAUUUUAUAUCUGGUAAGAUGCAUUUAAUAUAUAUUUAGAGGGUUUUGGGCUGACAACCAUAAUUAAGAUCAUUGCUAGGCUAAUCGCCGACAACAUACACUCAGACGUUGUGAAUGAACUACCUGAAAAUAUAUAAUUAUAAAAGGAUAAUCAGACAGUUGUCAUACAUUUACAAUUUCACUAUUGAGGUCAAAAGCCAAAAAAUAAAUUCAACUAGGGACAAUCUGGAGUAGUGCUAUCGCACUUCAUAUUUAUUACAUAUUAUAUAUGUAUAUAGUGAGAGUGCUAUCGCUAAACCAUAUAAACAUUAAAAGCCCUAGCUCCACUGACAAAUGAUAUGAAAUACAUUAGACUUGACAGUGGAUGUUAGCAAGAACAAAAGAUUUUUAAUUAAAAAUUUCGUAACUCACCUUCCGAGCACAAGAUUCCUGCCGAAUUUUCGUGUACGAGGACCUGUUUCACCCAACCAGCAACGUAGCAUUUAUAAGCCUCCAAGCUCUUAAAGUUUUUCAAACUUUCGUGAGAAUAGGCUGAUUUUGUGUGGACAAGAUAGUUGUAAAUAUCAGGAUAUCAGAUGUCAGGCGAAGCCAGCGGGUCGAAAAACAUCGAUUUAGGCAUCAAAUACGGAUCUGGCGAAUGGAUAAACGGAAGCUUUUCCACGUAACGCCUUUUAUGCAACGCAUCCAAUGAGUUUACAGUGUCAGAUAACACCGGGGCUUCCAUGAAUUGCUCUAUAACUUGCUCGACUAAUUGAAAACAAUGAGAAUAGGUCUAAAAAAUAGGUACAAUAUGGCGGCCGGAAACAGCGACACGCCCAUUUUGUGACGUAGGUGAGUAGGGUCUAUAGAAUGACGUUUUGGGUCUGUACUAGUGGUGCAACGGUUAGCGGUUCAAAGCCAAACCGUAUGGUUCGCCCUGUACGGUUCAAUAUGCCUUUAUGAACCGCGCCUUUUCGGUUUUGCAAUUAAUGUAUUCCGAACGCUUCUGGAAUGAAUUGAUCGAGCUCUGUGUGCCUGUGUGUGACGUGAAGCACCGCUGUGGAAAAAUUCCCGCCCCGCAAGUAAAUGUCGGAUCGCUGUCAAGCACCUAUGUAAUAGAAGCCGAGUAACGCCCUCUCUCGCAAAGUGAAAGUGAAACAAGAAAGAAAACAAAUGGCUAUGGCGAGCGGAGGAGUGGAGAGACCGAAUUUUGAGGAAGCACCCGCUUCUUUCAAAUCUGCGGUGUGGCAACAUUUUGGUUUCCCUGUGGACUACAAUGCGGAGGGAGAGAAAAUAUUUAAAAAAAAAAAAAAAAAUUGCAAGCAUUGCUCAGUGCAUGUUCCCCAUGCUAAUGGCAACACUUUUAUAACAUGACUCCGGCACCUAAGCCAGCAUCACCCACAGAUAUCACUUUCUCAGGGCAGGACAACCCCGAAGAUGACACCAGUGAAAACACACGGCGGGCUUCGUUAAUUUUUGUGCAACGCUUGACCCGUGUAACAUUAUUCCCUCGCGGACAUAUUUCUCCAACGUAAUUCCUCUACAUUUAUGAAAUGGCACGCAAAGCCAUCGAAGAUGAUUUCGCUAAAGCACAUAGUUUCGCCCUGACCACUGAUAGUUGGACGUCCUGUGCUACAGAGUGCUACUACCUAACUGUAACGGUCCACUAUAAUUCAUACCUGUCAAGUUGUACGGUCUCGUCGUAAUUUGUACAAGUGAGCACUGAUUUUUAAAUGUGUACGCCGCACGUUACGUUCAAAAUCUGCAAUCUGUUUUUUUUUUCUCAUCUGUUCGGAUUUGGUCACCGUUUCUGCAACAAGACAAUGUUCAUUAAUACAUUGGUUGAAUGACGCAAGAAAGGUCAGACACGGAGAGGGAAGAGUGUUUGUUGAGCAAACGCGAUGCUAGGCUAGGUGGCUCCAAUAUUUCCUGACUGUAGCUGACAGCAUACAAUCUACGCCUAGAUACCUCAUGCAUACCGAACUACAUGCGAAAUGGCAGACUCGGUAGCGUUGGUAAACAGCUGCCAUUUUAGAGCAGUAAACUUCUUAUAAAGGCUCUGUUGUAGUAAACUUUCCGAGCGAACUUUUUAUCUAAAAUACUCAUAAAUCGGCAAAAUCUUGACUUGAGUCUACCUUUAAAGGAUGAAACAGUUUUAAAAUUUUCACAUGUCGAAAGUAGACAGAAGGGAACUAAUGCAAAAACGGGAGCAAUUUGAUCAACUUUAACGAUUGAUUCACAACAUUAAAUGACCUCCAAACAUAGCAAAGGUUAAUAUGUUUUUGGGUUUGUUUUUUUUUU